UUUAUCAAAAAUCAAAGUAAUUUUUUUAAUGUGUAGUAUAUGUCGUAUACCAUAAAUGUUAUCUGUGAAAGUUUAUUGCAAUUUUAAUUACAAAUCAAAUAUUGAGAUAAUAAAAAAAUUAUUUUCGGCACAAUUAUUGGACAAAAUUUGGUGAUUUUUAAUUUUAAUAAACGAAGAAAAAAGUGAAAAAGAUUUAAAAAUAGAAUUCUGUAGCAAAAGUUAUUCAAAAAUUAUCUUUAUGUUGUGCUAAAAUGCUGAAAAAAUAUCGUACAAACUUAUUGAAGUAAAAUUUAACAACCUGUAUUUCAAUAAAUGUUGGAAAAGGAGUAUUUAGCGGUUCUUGUGAAAUAACGUUCACUAGACAAGAAAUUUCAAUGGACACCAUAAAAAUUUGGGAAAAGUUAAGAAUAAAUAUUUGAGGCUGUUCGAAAGCGAAUCAAUAAAGGACUCAAGGUUAAAAGAAGCUACUUACAUCUAAACGUACCUCAUGGAGAAACACGUGCACUACAUACAUAAAUACAUACCACAUACAUGUACUAACUAAAGCACACAGCCUUCAACGCAUUCGAGAAAACAGCAGUCCAGCAGCGCUGUCCAUAUAUCCUUGGUAAAUAUGUACUAAACGUAGCCGAAAGGAUGUGCCGCGUCAGUAUAGGUCACCGCAAUUGCUACUACACCUUUGUUAUUUCACAGCAGUGACCUUAACACCUGCCAUCCUGGCCAAUGCUAAUGUACCAACGACGACCAAAAUUAGCUACAAAAUCACCAGCUUCAUAUCUACAAGCGAAUAAGCAAACAAAAGCUAAAACCCAAGCAAAAAAUGAAUAUCCUCUCCGGCAAAUCGCAGCUACUCGCCCACGCUUUGUGUAUAGCUGGCUUAACAGCCGCCACUUCAGCGGCUACACACACCCACAAUGCAGAUAAUUUACUGGCAGCGCCAACAACAGCAACGGCAACAAGCAACACUUUAACGCUAGCAGCUAGAAUGUUGGCGGGCUUACCAACAUCCGCUGCCAUUGUAGUAGACUCAGCGAAAGCGGAUGUGGCGCCAGUUGAUGGUGUUGGUGGUGGUGGUGUGCGAAACGUUGCCAGAGCGGAGAAUGAAAGCGCCGCGGCGGAGACGCAGCCGGAUAGUUUCGAAGUGUUGCGGAAUGAAUGCUAUGAGCGGCUGAAUAGCACCACAACAAAGUUUGCGGCAGGUGAAUUGUACUGCGCUGGCACUUUUGACGGUUGGCUCUGUUGGCCGGAUACAGCUGCUGGCACUUCCGCCUACGAACGUUGCCCGGAAUUCAUAUUCGGCUUCGAUCCGACAAGAAAUGCGCAUAAGGAAUGCGGCAGAGAUGGUGAAUGGUACAAACAUCCGGUGUGGAAUUAUUCUUGGACUAAUUACACGAGCUGUGUUAAUAUAGACGAUUUAGAGUGGAAGCACAGCAUAAAUAUUUUCUACGAAACCGGUUAUGGCAUAUCGCUGGUGGCAAUUUUACUUUCUCUCGCUAUAUUGAGCUACUUUAAGUCGCUAAAAUGUGCGCGCAUAACACUCCACAUGAAUUUAUUUACAUCGUUUGCAGCGAACAACUCACUCUGGCUGAUUUGGUAUUUGGUGGUGGUGCCCGAUACGGAGCUGCUGCAAAAAAGUCCGCCCACAUGUAUUGCGCUACAUAUAAUACUCCAUUACUUCUUGCUCACAAACUAUGCAUGGAUGCUUUGUGAAGGCUUCUACUUGCACACAGUGCUAGUGUCCGCAUUCAUUUCGGAGAAGAAGCUGGUGAAGUGGCUCAUAGCUUUCGGCUGGGGUUCGCCGGCAAUUGUCAUUUUCAUUUAUGGCUUGGCGCGUGGUCUCGGCGGUACAGGCGAUGAAAUAACACAUUGCUGGAUGAAUUCGACGCCUUUCGACUAUAUAUUCGUCGUACCUGUUUGCAUUUCCAUGUUCCUUAAUUUGCUAUUUCUAUGCAAUAUUGUGCGCGUUGUGCUGCUGAAGUUGAAGGCACCAGCCAGCAUACAAAAUAGCUGUGGGCCUUCACGCACCGUCCUGCAAGCAUUUCGCGCCACACUUUUGCUCGUACCACUUCUGGGACUACAGUAUAUUUUAACACCAUUCCGACCGGAACCCAAUCAGCCAUGGGAGCAUACUUACGAAGUUAUUUCAGCAUUUACCGCAUCAUUUCAGGGCCUCUGUGUCGCCACAUUCUUUUGCUUCUUCAAUGGUGAAGUUAUUGCCCAAGUGAAGCGCAAAUGGCGUAUGGUUUGCUUUAGUAAUAGGGCUCGUGCAAAUUCCUACACAGCCACUCAGGUCUCGUUCGUGCGAUGCGGCCCGCCCCUGCCCGGCGAAGAGAAGGUAUGACUAAAGGACAUGUCAUCGAUGAAAGCGCGGCGCGCCUCCAGCGCUGUCACUGGCCGCAGCAGUGACUCAUAUUCCGGCGCCGGCGCCAGCAGUCGAUCCGCCACUCGUUUGCGCAGCAACAGCACCGCACACGGCAGCCAAAAAACGCAAGCCAUGGCGUCAGCGCCCAGCGGAGUCAUAAGUGGACUGCGUAAGCUGCAAUUGCUGCGGCGAAAGACCAUCGAUCAGCUGCGCGUACGACAGCCGCUAAUGGAAGAGGGAACUGUCACAGAAAGUAUUAGUGGUCGUGGUGGUGGUGGCGAUGGCGGUUUUGGCAGUGGCGCAGUAAAUGAAUUCGACAGCAGUGCGAGUAACUGUAAUAGUCAUGGAAAAUAUGCAACUGGAAAAGUAGUUUCUGCGGCGACGACAACGGCGGCAGCAGCUGCAAUAACAACAAUCACACUUGCAGCAGCCACAGCAACUGCAGCUGCAGCGUCAGCGACAACAACAAGAACAACAACGAGUAAUUACCAUAACAGCAGCAAUAAUAGAAACAGCAGCAGUGGCAGCUAUAGCCUCGAUGGUAGCAGCGCUGAUGGCAGCAAUCGCGUGGCUGGUGGCACUUUGCUCGUUACCACUACAGCUGUGCACAACAACAAUCUGCAUUUGGAUGGCAACAAAAUGGCGGAGGAGGCAUUGUAAGCGAAAGUCAGCAAAAUAAUUUUUGUGGCACGAAAAAUGCGGAAAAGCAAAAGAGUGCGAGGUGUCAGGUGGUUGAAGGUGGCUGGAGUAAUCAUAUGAUGUGGUAAAUUUAAUGGAAGUAAGUAAUUGUAGCGCACGCGUGAUUUAUUGCUGCAUGUGAGAUAUUUUUGCUAUAGCCAGUUUAUAACGCAUUUCUACACAUCCCCUUAGCAUUAAGAUAAGGUAAUAAAAAACGUUGAUUAAUGAUGUGUGAUGAGUAUCUGAUAUAAAUACAUAAUUUGCAAUUGGAAUAAUUUGUCUGUCAGUGUGGUAAUCAUGAUGCGCAACGAUGUGAAAUUUUAGUUUAGGAUCUAUGCAGGAAAAAAAUA